AUGUCGAAUGAGAACAUUCAGCAGCCGUCGUCAAUGUCCACUGACACGCUCAUCCUCCAAGUGCUGAGACAGCUUCAACAGCAGCAGCUUGUUACGAACGAGCUCCUCCGCAGCCAGCAGCAAUCCAACGAACAACAGCGCGUGUUCAUCCAGCAACAGGAGAACACCCUCCGGAAUAUCCAGGUCCAGGUUCCGGCAAAUCCCGAGGCGAUUCUUGACUCGUUGGCAUCGAACGUGAAAGAGUUCCGGUAUGACGCCGGGAACAAUGUAACUUUUUCGUCAUGGUUGUCGCGGUACGAAGAGCUGUUUGCUAACGAUGCUGCACGACUUGAUGACCCAGCAAAGGUUAGGUUGCUGAUGCGAAAACUCGGUAUCACAGAACACGAGCGUUACUGUAGUUAUAUUCUACCGAAAACCUCGAAGGACUUUACCUUCGAUGAAACUGUCGCUAAGUUAAAAGGGCUGUUUGGAGCAGCUGAAUCGCUGAUUAGCAAACGCUAUCGCUGCCUCCAGAUUGCUAAAAGCUCUACCGAGGAUUUCAUUACAUACACCUGUCGGAUCAACAAAGCUUGCGUUGAAUUCGAGUUAGGAAACCUUUCAGAGGAACAGUUUAAAGUGCUCAUUUUCGUCUGCGGUUUGACGUCGGAAACGGAUGCUGAAAUCCGGACUCGGUUGCUAGCACGAAUUGAGGAGAAGAGUGACAUUACACUCGAGCUGCUUUCCGCCGAAUGCCAACGCUUGCUGAAUUUGCGGCAUGACACUGCCAUGAUUGAGGACACAAGUAGCUCUGUAAAUGCCAUCAAACAUCGGUUCCAAUACAAGAAGCAACCCCGAGCGUGGAAACAGACCACCAGUCCGUCGUCAUCAUCAUCGUCAUCGUCAUCACCCAACGAGAAUAACAAAAAAGUACCGCCUAGUCCUUGUUGGAAAUGUGGAGCAAUGCACUAUGUGCGUGACUGUAAAUAUAAAGACCACAAGUGUUCAAGGUGUAACCAAAGCGGACACAAAGAAGGUUAUUGUGACAGUGACAAGAAAUCCCCUAAGAAGAGGUUGAAGAGACGAUUGAGAAAUCUAACUGUGGAAGCGAAAACUGUACAAGUGUCAGUAAACAAUGUGCGCGGAAGAAGACGAUUCGUUCCAGUUUUUCUCAACGGUGUCGCGGUUCGACUACAGUUCGACUCGGCGUCGGAUAUUACCGUGGUAUCCAGUGCAACCUGGAAACACCUGGGACAGCCACCAACCAGACCACCGUCCGUUCAUGCCAAAACAGCAUCAGGUGAUCCUCUUGACCUACAAUCGGAGUUUGACUGCUCGAUCACCGUCAACGAUAAAACACAUGAAGGUACUAUCUACGUUGUUGCGCAGGAUUUGCACAUUCUGGGAUUAGAUUUGGUAGAGAAGUUCCAGCUAGACGCCAUUCCCAUGAACGUUUUCUGCCGCCAAGUAAACAACUUCUCUUCGUCCAUGGUUGAGCGACUCAAAGCCGCUUACCCAUAA